UUCUUUCGCUUCCUCCUCCUUUUUCUCCUCUUUCUCCUCUUCUUCAUCCUUCUCAGCCAUCUCCUGCUUCUCACCCUCCUCCUCUUCCUCCCUUCCUUCUCCUCCUCCUCCUCCUCCUCCUCACCGGCUGAAGGAGGUCGUGUGUAGAUUGUAAAACCCACUGAGGGUCUUUUGUAAUUUCUGGUCUAUACAAAAAAUAAACUGAAUUUAUUUUAAUUGAUUCCAAGAAGCUCUUCAUCCAUGAAGUAAACGGUCUCCAUGGCAACGGAGACGAGGCGUGUGUUAGCGUACGGAAAACAUGGCAACAGGUGAAGCCUCUUCUGCUUUGUUAUGGAUAUGCAUGAGGGAUGGAUGGAUGGAAGGAUGGAUGAUGGAUGGAUGAUGGAUGGAUGGAAGGAUGGAUGGAUGAUGGAUGGAAGGAGGGUGACAUCCCUUCGUGGAGAGACCCUGAUGAAUACAGGCAGCUGUUGUUUUGCAGGAGAUGUUCCGAGGAUGCCACCUGGUGCAUUUCCUCAACUCCAGGACUCACGGAGUCGGGGACCAGGUCUGGACCCCCAACCAGGUCUGGACCCCCAUCCUGCUCUGACUUCCUGUUGACGUGUGUGACGCAAUGCGCCUCACCGCGUCCCGCCAGCAGGGGGCAGCAGCGGGCCGCCUCCAGCUGCUGCUCGCGCACGCUGACAGUGUUGCUCUCUGGGUCUCUGCUGAAGUGGUCAUCUGUGACUCCGUCAAGCCUCUCGCAGCAUCGCCCCUCCACCGUGUGUGUUCUCCUCCGCCUCUCUGCUGACCCGGGACCUGAGCAUCGGGAGACGGUGCUACGAGGCCAGGGACCUCGCCACCGCCAUGCGGCCCUCGAGGGCCUGGAGCACGAGGCCGUCAGGCCGCUCCCAGCCUGGAAACUUGUGUCUCCCAAGGUGUGCGACAUCCUGGAGGAACUACGAGCUGUGCAGGAGGAUCCAUCUUUGUCCUUUCCCUUCGCUCCAAUAUGGCCGACCAGCUUGCGGGGGUCGCGGCGCGUGGCGGUCGGACGGCGGCGGCUCAAGCUGUUGGGAAUCGUCUCGUCGGCGCCGAGCCAGACGGCGCCCGUGGGAUUCGGUUUUGAUUGGGAAAGAAGCUCUCGGGCCAGAUGCCGCGCGGCGAGCGGCCGUGAGCCAGAUGCCGGGGGUCGGGAGGAGCAUCGCGAAGGUGCUGAGUCAGGUCCACGCCUUCCAGGAGCCGGCGUACCCCUACAGGCCGGACCGGGAGCUGCGGGCCUACCUUCGGCGCCGCAUCGCCCGGCUCGCCGCCGCCGACAUCCGCCUCCUGGCCGCCGCCGCCGAGCGAGCGGCGGCCAGGAGGAUCCAGGACCGGCUGAACCGGGUGAAGGCCUCUUUCCAAUGAGUCCUUUCUGACGUAUUCUAACCGUUGUUCAUAACGUCGCCUGUGGCCUCCUGCGUGGCCCGCAUGGAGGCCGGAUCACCCCCGCGAAGAACUCAUUCUGCGUGAGCAUUCCACACAUACCUGCAAACUCAUGAGGGGUGAAAAAGGUGACAACGGGGGGGGGGGGGGGGGUACAGUGACUUUUUUUUUGUCACCACAUCCACGUUGUUUGAAGCCUCAAAGCUUUUAGAACCACAACUACAGUCAUUUUAUUGUUCUGACCACAAAUCUAAAUAAUGAUAAUAAACAGUUUAAGAACAAAAGGUCCUCCGCUCUGACUCAGCCCUAUAAUGAUAGUAAUAACAAAUAUACAUUGUCAUUAUAUAUAAUAUGGUUAAAGUCAUUCAUGAGCCAACUUCCUAUUUUUUGGCCUGAACAGUCCUCAUGGACUUUUCUCUGAAUCUGUUGUCUCUACCUGUUUGUCACGAUACUCAUAUUAUAACUUCUAUUACAUAUUACAUACCUGCCAUAAAUAUCAUGAUACCCGAUACCAGAAUUCAAUACAAUACCAUAAAAACAAUAUGGUACCAUAAAUACGAGACUGGUAUAUUUAUCUAUAAUAGUAAUAAAUAAAACAUCUGUAUGGUUCACUUUUUACCAACUUUUUCAACACUUAACAAAUGACAGUAAUAUGAGUAUUCAUACAGCCAGAUAUGAAUGAAACUACAUGGUUCCAUCAUAGCAUUGAUUAUACACUAUGAGGCCGUUAGUCUCUGACCAGAUGAUCCACAGUUCAUCAGGAUGAGCAGCUGGAGAGUUACACAACUUUACAGACUGAAACAUUUCACUUCUGGCAUCUUUGUAUUUGUUAAGCCGAAGUCUCUAAAGCUGCGCCUCUUCUCUCGCUGUGAGCUGCGCAGCGCAGUGUGCGCAGACAGCUCGACACGGAGCAGCGCGUGCGCUCUGAUCGCUCUCUUAAUGAAGUAUCGAUACUAAAAAUAUGCUAAAUCACAUGGUGUUUAACGUACGGGUACUUUGUUAGCAUCGCUACACCGUGCAGCGUGACAGCAGCAGAUGUAGCGGGCUAACAUUCAAGCUAACCUGAACCCCCAAACGCUGAAGACAUCUGAACGCUGAUUGGCCGAGACGCGACACGCCCCAUCAAAGAUGUUUUAUUGCGAAGAGCACCACUUCACACUUUUCUCCGCGUCUCACUGCAAUCUCAACGGCAGCGGGCCAGGUGACCCCCCCCCCCCCCAACAAAACAAAAAAACUUCGGAUCUCCACGAUUCACGUGGAUGACCUAUUUUGAGUUCAAAACGGUGAAUUUCACCGAAAGGUGACAAGUUUGCAGGUAUGCCACAGGAAGGUGACGACGCGUUGCUUUAUGUGUCGUUGGGGCGACACACGGCGGCUGUCAUGACAACGCCUCGCCGCCACGGAGGAAAUGAUGGAGCAUAAUGACAUGUCAGAGUGCAACAGGUCGCUUUGAGGAAGCAUGUUCAGACUAUUUUCUAUGUUCCUCUCCCUCUCUCUCUCUCUCUCC